AUGGAUGGUCUGGAGCUCUUUGACGCCGAUCACUUCGGCAUGUCGGCCUCGGAGGCGGCAGGGAUGGGCCCGGCUCAGCGGCAGGUCCUGGAGGUGGCGGCCGAAUCCUUGCACCCACUGCAAGGCAGUCCAGACAUCGCUGUGGUGGUGGGCAGCACUCAGCACGACUGGAUGCUCCUCCAGGAGCCUGCAGCCUACACCUCGGCCUAUGGUGGCCUGGCCAUCAACGGAGCCGUCUUGGCCAACAGGAUCUCCUACAACUUUGCCCUCCGGGGUCCCAGCUUUGUCGUGGACACGGCGUGUUCCACUGCACUAGUGGCCGUGGAUGCAGCAUGCAGGUACCUUCCAGACGUUCCUUCUGCGCUCGUGGCAGCCGCCAACCUGCUGAUUGCGCCCCAGGUCUUCGUGCUGUACAGCCUCGCGCAGAUGCUCUCACGCGCCGGCCGCUGCUUCACGUUCAAUGCCACUGCAGACGGCUACGUGCGUGGUGAGGGCAUCGUAGCAAUCCAGCUGUCGGCAAACGAAGCCAAGCAUGCGGAAGGGCACCUGCUCGGCAGCGCCGUGAACAGCGACGGUCGCAGUGCGAGCUUUACAGCGCCCAGUGGCCUUGCGCAGGAGGAGAUGCUCCUUGCCGCCCUCAGAGCCUGCGAUGGACCCUGCGGUCAUUCUGCGCCGAGCGUCGUGGAGACCCAUGGCACCGGCACCGCCUUGGGAGAUCCGAUCGAGCAUCCCACAACCCUGGAGCCCUCUCAGACUGCUCUCAGUCUCAGGCUUCUCAGCUCCUCGAAGACAGGGCUCGGACAUGGCGAGGCCUUGGCAGGGGCGGCUAGCCUACUGCGACUCUUCGCACAAUGUGCGGCGCCGUCGAUUCAUCUCCAGGUGAUGAACGCGCACUUCGACCUGCGCUGUGCAGACGGUUCUGGCUGCUUGGCGUUUGCCUCAGAAGCGGUAGCGGCCCGGCCAGAGCGAGGAGCAUCGUCCUUCGGAUUUGGAGGUACAAAUGCACAUGUGAUCGUGCGGACUGGCGCAGCAACGCCUCCAGCCAGGCGGGCUUCGGAGCUGCACCGGCGACUGCGGCUUCGAUCCCUGCCGUUCCCGUGGAAGGUUGCCCCGGCAGUUCUCGAUGGAAAGCUCUUCGAUGUGCAAUGGACGGAAUGGAGAGAGAUUGAGGAGAAGCCAUCUCCUCUGAAAGACAGCGACCGGUUGAUCGUAGCUCUUUUGCCACCGGACCUGAAAGACGUGCGUUUGCUCACCGGCGACAUUCGGCGCCGGAGCCCUGUGGAGUCAGCGGAGGAGGACUUUGGGAGUCUGCCUGCCAAUCUGGCUGCCGAGGUGAAGUCUCCCGGUUCCUCGCUGGUUCUCUUCCUGAGGCGCUCUGGGACAGAUGCAGGGCUGCUGGCUGAAGAGAUCUUCGAGCUCCUGGCCCUCAGUGGUGCGCUCUGUCGCAGCCGUGUGCGUGCAGAGCUCGUGGUGGUGUCCCAGCGAUGCGCAUUGGCUGGCAUCCCUGGGGAGGGCUCCCCAGCCGCAGCUGCUCUUUGGGGAUUGGCCCGCUCCUUGCGGCUGGAGGCUCCUUGGGUUCGCGUUCGGCUCUUGGACACGGAUGGACCCGAAGAUCUGCAGCAGCUGUUGCCGCUACUUUUGAACCAGGAGGCUGAGCUGGAAUGCGCUUAUCGCCGAUGCAAUCCACAUGUUCUGGUUCCGCGCCUGCGACCCCUACCAGCUUUUGAUGGUACUCCGCCGUGGCCUCCUUUGAGCGGUUGGCACUUGGUUUCCGGCGGCACAGGAGGAAUCGGUCUACUGGCUGCACAGGCUCUGGCACGGCAGGCGGAGGGGCUGGUGCUCCUUUCCCGACGAGGAGUCAUAGCAAAGCAGGAGCAUGCGCUCUUCGAGGAACUGGAAGGUCGACUGCAGAGAAAGCUGCAGAGGGUGCGUGUGGAUGUGUCCAGCCUGGAGGCCAUGGAGGCCGUAAUGCAGCAACUGCCGGAGCUCUCUGGAGUGGUCCACGCCGCACAGGCCCCGUUGGGCUACCGAGACCUGGCAGGACAGUCACGCGAAGCUUUCCUGGGCGAGUAUUCUGUGCGAUUCCCAUUUGCAAGAUAUCUUCUGGGUGCAUUGGCUUGA